AUGGCUCCAUGGAUGGCGGAGCAUCUGCUUUGUGUCAUCAAUGCUAAACGCCAGACUCACGUGGGAAGAUGCAAACUCGCUAUGCCUUCCGGUAUGGUUGAUCUGUUGGGCUGCGCUACCCAAUAUGACGGUUGCAAACCUACUGCAGAUAGCUUUGCUUGCACGUUGCACUGGAUGAAGCAUACAGACAGUUCAUUUUCUGCCCCUCUCCAGGAACCGAAGCCGGACUUGACGACAAAGGACUGGGACGAAGAUCCACAAAGGAUUACUCCAAUCAAUCGGGUUCUCUAUUCGCGAUUGACGGGUCCUAAAAAGCAGAAGGCGACCAUGAUUGUUCGCACAUAUCCGGAUAUCAUCGAAUCACCUCUUGUCAGUGGACAAGCUGCUAGUGUGGAAUGCAGUGUGAAUUUACUCUUCAUUUACCUCGCCUCAGACGUGAAGAGAAGUUUGAAGGGCUUUCAGUUUCAUCUCCCAUAA